CAGAGAGAAGCUGAUCACUCGUUUUAUUGAGUCUCGAACAGAAUUUGUUCGCAACAGUAAUGCAACUCCCAAGACAAGGAAGAAAAAAAAUCAUUUUGGAAAUUUACCCGUGAAAUGUAACCUACAAAAUUGGAAACACUGCACUGAAAUGAAAACUUGAAGUAACGAAUAACUCUGAGCAAACCAGAAGUGCUGGUAGCGCAGACCUGAUCGCCAAAGCAACAGCCGGAAACCACCAGAAACAACCUGACGGAGCGUGGGGGCCCUGCUGUGCCUCGCCGCGAUGGCGGUGGGAGCGGCCGAGGACUGCUCGUGGCGGCAGUACGCCGGGGACCUCGUGGUGGCCGACUGCAGCGGCCGCGGUCUCGACCGGGUGCCCGCCCUGCCCCGUGACACCCGGGGCCUCGACCUGAGCGGCAGUCACUUCUCCCACCUCGACGACCAGUUCCGGGCGGGCGACUGCCUCGGCUGCACUCGGCUCCCGCACGCCUCAUACCUGGACCUCUCGCACAGUCGUGUUGGCAGCAUCUCCCCCCGCGCUCUCCUCGGCAUGACGGGGCUGCACUUCCUGUACCUCGGCGACAACCGGCUCACGUCCUUGCAGCAGCACACCUUCUCCGACAACUCUCUCUUGCUGGAACUCGAUGUGUCGAGGAACGCGAUCCGCUCCCUGCACCCGGAAGUGCUGUGGAACUUGACCGACCUACUGUACCUCAACCUGGAAGGCAACGCGCUGUCCAGCUUGCACUGCGACGUUUUCAAAGAACUGUCCAGCUUGCAGGUUCUGCACUUGAAUAACAAUUCUAUUUGGCAACUUGACUCGUGCACGUUCGGAGAGUUGCGAAAUUUGGAGAAACUGAGGGUUGAUGAAAACUGCCUGAUUUAUGUCCAUGAGCACUUACUUCGAAAUCUGACCAACCUGCGGUAUUUUAAUGCCUCGAACAAUUAUUUGAAGCACCUUGCUCCAACAUUUUUUGCAAAUUCGAAAGACUUGAUGAGUGUCGAUUUGAGUCACAAUUUCAUCAGUAAACUAUCAAGGUAUGUUUUCCAAGAACUAGUUAGAAUGGUUUUCGUCAACAUGUCUUACAACAGUUUAGAAUCUGUGUACUUAAGUCACAUACCGGCCGAUAUUUACUAUCUUCAAGAUGAUAUUCUCCUCGUUCCAGAGGCAAAAAUAUGUACAGGUACGACUUCAGAUCUGCCAUGCUUCGUUUUAGAUUUUAUUGAAGCGGGUGGUUCGGAGGAAAAACUCUUUCAUGUCAUUAAUUUUGCAUUCAACAACAUUACUGAAGUUAAAUUUAGCACAACCAGAGAUUCACAUUCUUUAGAGUUUGCAAUUAUAAACUUAGCUGGCAACGCAAGACUUUUUCUACCUGUUUCGUUCGUCAAGCAAGAGCGCUACAUUGUCAUGCUGACGUUGGAUCACACUGCAUUGGACUGGAGGAAUCUUACAUUAUUUAAUGAAAUCUUCCAGCUACAAUUUUUAAAAAAACUCAGCAUUGUCGACACUCCUGCAUGCGAAUAUUACACUCAACAAUUGAUGUCAGUUUUCAAUCCAGACAUGCGUAUAAAUGUGGUGUGUCAUAAAUGUUAUCCAACUCUCAGUGAAGGCACAGGUUCCAAAAUGUCUUCAAUAAGAAAUUCUACACAUGAAGAUUCUUUAGCAUACUUACAGGAAGAUGACAUUACACCUGAACAUAAGAUGGAAGAUUACGAGAGUCCAAAUGUUUCAGAUAAUGAUCCUUGUGUGUACACCAAGAAAGUAAAUUUAGGUCAGAAAUUUAUGCGUUUUCGAUAUAGUUUUUAUUGUGAAUCCGCAAUGGAUUGUACGUAUUUGUCUUUGUCUAGUUUACCAAGUAUGAAACCCUCCACAUCUUGUUCUUUAUUGUCUCAUAACAACAUAAUGAUUAUUGAACCAAAUUAUUUUGUCAAUUCUUAUGAACUCGAAGCUUUAGACUUAUCUUUCAACAGCUUGCAGCAUCUACCAGGAACUGUGUUUCAUGCAUUGAAGAAUCUGAUCUUGCUUAGGAUAAAUAAUAAUUACCUGACUUCUCUCAACGCAUCCCUUUUCAAAGAGUUGGAAUACCUUGAAUACCUCAUGUUGAAUGGGAACAUGAUAUCUUCAUAUUCCCCAGACGUGUUUACGACCUUGCUUAAAUUACAGGGAUUAUCUGUUGACUUUGUGAACCUAACAAUAUUCCAUGCUGAAACCUUCAACAACAAACACAGUCUGAAGUACCUGUCUCUGCGUGACACCUGUGGCUGCCUCUCAGACGAGAAGACCCUCCACGCGACACACUUUGAAAAUCUUAGCUCGCUUCAGUCGGUCACAAUCACUGGAUUUAAAAUUAACUUUGAAUUCUUCCUGCAAUCCUUUGCAAUUACUGAAUUAAAUAUACAAAAUAGUUUUAUGUCAAUUGUAUCAAAUUACUCAUUCAAUACAAUCACAGAGGUUAAAUACUUAAUGCUGAGGUCAAAUCAGAUAAAGGACAUAGAAAGACACGUUUUCAAGAACUUAACAAAUUUAAUAUUAAUAGAUCUUUCAAAGAAUGAAAUUAAUUUUCUUCAUAGUGAAUUAUUCAUAACAACACAAUUAAAUUACUUAAAUGUAUCCCAUAAUAAAUUAGUUUACAUUCAUCCUACAUUGUUUAUGUCUUUAAAAAAAUUAAAUGUAAUAGAUUUAAGUAAUAAUCUCUUAAUAUCCUUAGACUACAAAUGUUUAUCUUAUUUACCUGUGUUGUUAUUGCUAAAUUUAGAAAAUAAUAUGAUAGGAACAUCUGAUUAUUCAUCUUUUGAACAAGAUUACACCAACAUGGAUACACAUGACAGUUUAAAUUAUUCUGCAAAAAGAAAUUUACAGGAUCUUUUGAAACAUGAACAUGAACAAAUCAUUGAUAUUUCUUCCAUGCAGAAAAAACCAGAACUAGGUUACAAAGCAAGCCUUCCGACAGAUGGGAGUGUGUCCAUUCACAACCUAAGCCUUCAAAACCUGAAUUUAGCACAUAACUGUAUGGACAAAAUUGAUAAUGAAACAUUUACCAGCACCGUCAACCUGAUACAUUUGUAUCUGAACCACAACCUCCUAACUAGCAUUAACAAACAUGUGUUUCAGAAUGUAAUUUAUUUAGAAAAGCUCUUCCUGCAUAAUAACCAAUUGUACUUUCUGGAAGAAGGUGCAUUCCAAAACUUGGGUCUCCUCACAUUCCUUUCGCUACAUUUCAACAAAUUAACAUCUUUCGACUCUCAAGUUUUACCCUCGGGAAAUAGUUUGAGACAUCUGUACCUGAACGACAACUUCAUUCGACCGGAUGAUCUGGUUCUCGACUUGGAGUCCCUGCUGACCCUUUACCUGGACAACAACCCGCUGACGGGCUCCGAGGCCACGGGGUUUCGCUUCCCCUCGUCGCUGCAGACCCUGGAGCUGACCAACACGAGCUUGCGGGGGCUCCCGCGAGACCUGCUCGCAAACCUGGACCAGCUGAUGUCCCUGGGAGUGGGGGGCAACGCUCUGCAGGGGCUGACGGGCCGGCACUUCUCCGGCACACCGCACCUCUUCCUGCUCAACGUGAGCUUCCCGAGGGCCGACGCUCGGCUCGACUGGAGGAACAUCACGCUGAUCGACCACUGGUUCACCAUGCCCUCGCUCGACUACCUCGUCCUCUUGGGGAACCCCAUCUGCGAGUGGUCGCAGUGGUCGCAGAUCGUGCAGAACCUGUUCCUGUCCGAGACCUGGAAGGCCGUCAUCUGCUCGCACUCUUCCCAAAUGCCCAAGAUCGCCGUAACGGAGGGCAAUGUCUUCAUUUUAUCACUUCCCGAAUCUGCGAGAUAAGACCUUCGACAGCCAUCCUCCAUUGGUUAUCUUCCAGAGUGGUUUCCUUGCGCGGCGAACAAGUCAAUCAUGUGAGUGUCUCUACUUGCCACGCACUAUGCACAACAUGGUGCCAGCAAAUGGUAAAAUCAGUAAAAUGUCAAAACCACAUGCCUUUGAAAAGAAAUUCUACUUCCCAUUGUUUGCUAUCUACAAGUACCCGUUUAUUUUUCACUUGAGAUUAGUAUUCUAGCUGCCUUUUUUUAAAUUUGAUAUCAUUAUAAAUCGUAACUAUCACGAAACUGUGCUAUUCGAAUGCUGAACACUUUAGACCUUUACUCCAGCUCCAGAACUGCGCACAGGCUAACCUCAGAUUAUCCCAGUAGAUCCAUGCCUGCGUGCCUCCAGGGUGGGCCAUGGCUAAACGUCGCACGAUCUAGCCCCAAUGAUCAUGGACAUUUGUGUCUUCUUCACUGAACAGCACAGGAAUGGAUUGGAAUCCCAGCCACUGCCACGGGGAAACGGCCGAGGCGUGACUACAACAGACUAGGCAAGAUGAUUGUGCAAUGGUUGUAUUUUACCAUCUUCAGUACUGGGCUGAAGUGACACGGGGCAGUAAAUGUUCCAACAGUGGAAAAUGCCACACCAUGUUCUGGAACUGAACCCAGGACCUGCGACUAACUAAACAGAAGCUCUGGAUCAACCCAACAGAUCAAAUGACAACGUUCACGAUGUCUGGCUGGAGCUGUGAAUUUUUCCUACAAUAAUACAAGCUCCCCGCAAAAAUGUUAGAUGUGGACAGAAAUGGACAAUAUACGAAAAAUAAACUUUUUGGAGUUUUGUACACAGGCAACCAACAUCUGGGCAAGUACAUGCUGGUUGUAGACAUAAAGCACACGUCAUUUCCCCUCACCCAUGCUCUAAACGGCAACGAGAGUGAAUCGACGACCAUCAGUGUGACCGGUCUAGAAACAGUUUGCAACAAGGGUGUAUACUGACCAAGUUGCUGAGUAAUUUAAAAAGAAAUGUCCCUAUUUUAUAACAUUUGUGUCUGUAUUCAGACCAUUGAGUGAAAUUGAAUAUUAAUACAACAGUAAAUUAAGAAAGACCCCAUGUGUGAACAGUUAUAAACCUGUUUGAAGUGUUGAUUUAGAAAUUUAUAAAUGUCUGCAGUUUCAUUUUGGGCACAAACCCUUUUUUUUUGCAGGGGACGGGGAGGGGAAAAGCAAAACUUUGUAAAAAAAAAAAAUGUCCCACACUGUUUAUACCCCAAUGUCUUUGAAUAAAUACAUUGUUACAAACUAUAAACUUAUAUGCAUCACCCUUAUAGUUGAUGAUAUAACCCCCUCCCCCCAAAAUCCUGAAAUAUCAAUCAUUCCCAACAAAACUGGAAAUAAUUUAAAAGCACAGCGAGCAAAGUGGUUCUGUCCCCUCCCCUCCCCCGACCGACCACGCAAAAUGUAAUUCUGCGUACGCUCCUGAUACGCACAGAUUUUCAUUAACAAGAAUUAGUGGGCCCCUAAGAGAAAUAUCUAAAAAUGUCUAUGGAAGGACUUAUAUUUUUUUAUUAAAAAUUUUGCUAGCUUGACCAAUGAAAUGGUUAGAAUAGGAACUGGAAAUUUUCCUUAUGUGGGUAGCAUUCAUGUUGUAUUGUCUUUGAAGUGACAGUGACAGUGGUGGUUGUGAAGACUGCAGUGUUGGAAAACCUGCAAUCAUUAAAACAUUUACGAAAACUGCAUUGUUUUUUUGUUCAAAAAUUGCACAGAAAUCAAUCAGAAGAGUCUGUUCGGUUUAAGUACUGAUAGGACGUGUGUUGCAAACAAGAAAUUGACCAUGCAAUGUGUUACAGUCCUGGAAAAUAUUUUGGUUGUAAAUAAAAAUGAAACAAAAAAUA